GACAGAGAGAGAGAGAGCGAGAGAGAGAGAGAGAGAGAGAGACUUGCAAUUAUUAUUAUUAUUAUUACUGUAGAGGUAUUCUAGGUGUUCAGGUGGUAUAUGGUGUUAAUGCGGGGGUUGCGUUGUGCUGUGUGGCUUUAAGAGCUCCUCCUCCUCUUCCUCCUCCUCCUCCGCUGUCCUCCUCCGUGUAGUGCUGAAACGCUCAAUCCUCAAGCAGCCAUGGCCGAAAUAAAGACGGGCAUUUUCGCCAAAAACGUCCAAAAGAGGCUGAGUCGGGCUCAGGAAAAGGUGCUGCAGAAGUUGGGGAAGGCUGAUGAGACAAAAGAUGAGCAGUUUGAGCAGUGUGUUCAGAACUUCAAGAGACAGGAAACUGAGGGUGCAAGGCUACAGAGGGAAAUGAAGGCUUAUAUAGCAGCUGUGAAAGGAAUGCAGCAGGCUUCCAUGAAUCUGACCGAAUCUCUUCAUGAAGUGUAUGAGCCUGACUGGCACGGCAAGGAUGAUGUGAUGUCUAUUGGAAAGAAUUGUGAUGCAUUAUGGGAAGACUUCCAUCAAAAACUGGUGGACUCCACAAUCUUAGCACUGGACACAUAUUUGUGCCAGUUCCCUGAUAUCAAGAUGCGUGUGGCGAAGCGGAGCAGAAAGUUAAUUGACUACGACAGUGCAAGGCACCAUCUCGAGACCAUGCAGGCUUCUGGCAUUAAGAAUGACAGAAAGAUUGCAAAGGCAGAAGAAGACUUGAAAAAGGCACAGAAGGUGUUUGAUGAUCUAAAUGUGGAUCUGCAGGAUGAGCUGCCCAAUCUGUGGGACAGUCGAGUGGGCUUUUAUGUGAAGACCUUCAAGAGUGUCAGCAGCCUGGAAGCCAAAUUUCACAGGGAAAUAUCAGUUUUCUGUCACAAGCUGUACGAGGUGAUGAACAAGCUUGCCGAGCAACACUCAGACAAAAUGUUCACUAUUCAAGGAGCACCCAGUGACUCAGGCCCACUGCGCUUGGCCAGGACCCCAACGCCUCCUGAGGAUGAGAGUCCAGAGGGCAGCCCUGUUGCCAGCCCCAACCACACACUGAGACCUACUUCACCCGGCCCUCCACGACCCAAAUCUCCCUCACAGCUGAAGAUGGGCCCGCCAAAGCCUCCUCCUCCCAAAGUCACUCCUACCAAGGAGAUUCAACAAGAGCAAAUCAUCAGCCUGUUUGAUGGAGGCUUUCCUGAGAUCAGUGUCACCUCACCACAGCCUAAUGAGAAUCCCACAGAAUCUCUUCUGGACUUGGACUUUGACCCAUUCAAACCAGACAGCAAUACAACCAGCGGUCAAACCCAGAUACCUGGAGCUCAGGCACUAUCAUGGGAUCUUUGGACGACAAAUACUGAGGCCCAGCCUGCUUCAGAUGCUGGCUUUAAUGCCAACUGGACGGCUGACUUUGGUUCUGCAGCUCAGGAUUUGGGAGAUGUUCAGCCAGCAACAGAUGGGCAAGGGUGGCCUCCUGCAGACGGAUGGCCCACAGAUACAGUGCCCCAAGGAGAAGCCACAGGCGAGGUGGAUGCCUCAGUUCCAAUAUUUGAAGCUGACUUUGAUAAAAUUUCUGAGGCCCCAGAAGGGGCAGAGACUGGUACAGAGGCAGCCCCAGAAGAAGUGGGAGAAGGGGAAGGGGAAGUGUCCCCAACCCAGGCCCCAGAGGCUGAGGGCAGUGUAACGACUCCUUCUGCAGAAACCACUGCUGAACCGACAGAGACCACUGCUGCUAGCAGCCCUCCUGCAGAGACUGCUUCUAGCAUAGUGGAGUCUCCUGAAGCUGCUGAAACUAUUGCAGCAGAGCAGACUGAGACCACCCCAGUUGAUCACACUGAGAAAGAACAACUCAGCCCAGAGGCUCCGGAAUCUGCUCCAGUAGCAGAACCAGGAGAGGAGCCACCUACAGAGGCUCUGGCCCCUGCAGAAGAUAAAGAGUCUCCUAUUGAAGAGACUCCGACCAUAGAGACCAAACCAGAAGACGAAACUGGUACAGUAGAGACCAAACCAGAAGACGAAACUGGUACAGUAGAGACCAAACCAGAAGAAGAAAGUGCUACAGUAGAGACCAAACCAGAAGAUGAAUCCACUACCAUAGAGGUCAAACCGGAAGAAGAAACUGAUACUGUAGAGGUCAAACCAGAAGGAGAAACUGGUACAGUAGAGGUCAAACCAGGGGAUGAAACCAGUAAGGAAGGGGCUACAAAGAAUUUUGAAGAGGAGGACAAGAUGCCCAUUCCCUCUGUGGUCAUUGAGCCUGCUUCCAGCAAUGAGGGCGAUGAUGACCGAGAUGGUGACAUUGUAUCUCCUGUAGCAACCAGUGGAGAUGGAGUGACACCAGACAGCCAGACAGCCAAAGAUAUUUCCACCUCUGGCAUGCCACCAGGCUUCCUGUAUAAGGUUGAAACAAUGCAUGACUUUGAGGCUGCAAACCCAGAUGAGCUUGAUCUGAAGAGAGGAGAUAUUGUUCUUGUUGUUCCCACAGAGCUGGUGGAAGAUCAGGAUGCUGGCUGGCUCACUGGCAUCAGAGAGAGUGACUGGCUACAUCAGGGAGCCUCUGCUCACAAAGGAUUAUUUCCAGAGAAUUUCAUACAGCGAUUGGGCUAAAACCUCAGAGCAUACUCGGACACGACAUAUAUUAAAAAAAAAAAAGCCAAGAGCUACAGACAGCCCUAACACUACAGUGCAGUCUGGAGCCCUGAUGCACAGCUGUCGAUCAGAGCGAACAAAGCAAACCGUAUCUAAGUGGGAAAAUACACAAUCAACAAAAUGAGAGGACACAAAAGCUCUACUCAGAGUUUAAAGAAAAUAACAGAGCAUGAUGCGAUAGUAUGGUCUACCUUACUCUUGAACUGAGAGCUCUCUGUUUAUGUUUGUUUACUUGUAAGCAGCAACGAAAUUGAUGUGUGCUUUUUUUGGAACUGUGGUGACCUCCACAUGUAAUCCCUAUCUGUUUAAAGGUAAAUUAUGCUCUAAAAACAAAACAACAAAAAAAAAAGUAAAUAUUUUCUCUGCAAGUGUAUUGUAUUGAGUUUGUUGCUCUGCAGCAAAUUUUAUCCAAAUUUGUAGUGAUAUGACCUAUUUAACCGUUCUAAGUGUUACGCAAGACUUCAAUGUUUCCUUUAAGACAUUUCCAACCUAAAUGUUACCUUGCAUCCUUGUUAGUGUUCUCUGUAGUUUUAAUGGCUGGACGUUUACGGCUCUGGUGAUAAAAUCUGGAGAAACCGAUAUCGGCGUUUUGUGAGUUUAGCAUUAUCAGUCUCUACCUGGGUGAAGAAAGAAUUCCAGAUAGAACCUUGUAAUACUAAGGGCACAAUUCGUUUAUUAAAUACUUGCUGUGCUCUUGCCAAAAUAAUAAUAAUAAUAAUAAUAAUAAUAAUAAUAAUAAUAAUAAUAAUAAUAAUAAUAAUAAUAAUAAAAAAAUCCUGAUUAUGUGAACUGUAGAAUCCAAGUAGAAACAAUGGAUAUCUGUAGAGUUACAAACUUGAAAUGUUUUAGAAGAACAUCUUUUCGGCAAAACGCAGCUUUGCAAAACACAUAACACAGAACCUAGUGAAAGUUUCCUUAUUAUCCACAAUUGCAUAAAUAACAACAACUACGUGGACGUGUAUGGGUGGACAAAAAGUGUUGAAUAAAGUUUUAUGUUUUGAAAAAUUCUAUUUAUUUAACUUUAUAUUUUUUAAAGUAAAGCCUCAUCGGGAGAGUUUUGGGCUGGGAUAUCUGCAAAAAUAUGCAAUAUGUGUUGUUUGGUUUCAAAGUUAACCAUUGUCUUGAUUGUUUAGAGGUAAAGGUCACUCCUGUGUUUGUUAGCCUUCACUGUAGAGAAUUUUUGUGAUGUACAUAUCUGUGUUAAUUUAUCUUUAAAGUGAAUAAAGAAUAAUCCAUA